GCCAGCAAACUCCAUCAUAAAAUAUGUCUAGAGUUCAGUGAAAAAUAAGAAUAAAUCCCAGACAAAUGAAAAAAAAAUGGGAUAAGCUUCAUUUGAUCUUUGUAUUGUGAUACAGAAGGAGCCAAAGGGGAAAAAACAAGAAACCAAUUUUAAAAUCCUUGCAUAUUUGCAUCUUUUUGUGUGUGUGUGUGCGUGUUUAGUAAAUAAUUUAAUACAUUUAAGAAAUUAUAAUUCAACAUUAAAGAAUUUCAAAUUGUUCCCAUUUCAAAAAGAAAAAGUUUGUGGGUUUGUAUGUUGCUGCUUUCCCGUGUCCAUGGAUGUGGUGCUUGCUGUUGUUUUUUCUGUUUUACAUUACAUCUCACCUCCCACUGCGCACAAUAAUCUUUACUCACGUAUGCGAGAGUACAUACAACAUACGUACUUACACACAUCCGUUGCGUUCAUAUAGAACGCGUUGGCUCUGCUCUCACCUUAUCAAGUCUCACUCAGCUAUUGUUGUGGAAGUUUAAACUGGCUGCUGCUACAUACAUACUGGUAGCUCAAGCCUGAUUUCUUUUGUUUAUUAUUGUCAAGAGACGAACGACAGCGGAUAACAAACUUUCAACUUCUCCCCCAAACAUCCCUUUGUUUUUCUAAAACGUUGAUUUCAUGCGAAAGAAAUCGUUUAGGGUUCCCAUAUGAUGUUGGCCAAAUGAUUUGAACUCAAUGAAAUAAAGGCAAAAACCUCUCAUUUCUCAAAACAUUCCUUCAUCAUAAAUUUUUAUCUGGAAGUCUGGCAAAGAACAAGACAAGCGGCCAUUAGGACAUAAGAUUAACACAAUACACGCACGCACCACCGCCAACCACACGCCAGCUAGGAAAAGAAAUAACAUGGCAGGUGAAAGAAGGAGUAUGAGCAACAACGGCGGCUUCUUGUGCCGUAGAAUAAUCUCGUCUCGACCACAAUCGCUGUGCAAUAUGCCCAAUAUGAUGGUAAUCUCAUUUCUUAUUUUGGGCACCACCAUGUAUGCUACGACCACAACAGCCUUCGAAUUGAGCACGGAGUUGAAGCUGAUGCCAACCAAAUACACAGAAUGGUCCAAGAAUGUAACAUAUCACAGUAAAACAACCUACAAUGCCAGAGGCAUGAAGCCUCUGUACGAAAUUAGUCACAAAGUAAUGUGGUGGUUAAUAGGAGGUGAUGAUCCUCUGCCAGAUGGAUAUUUUGAAUUUAAAGAUGGCAACGUACAAAAGGGCCCCAAGGCGGAACGCAACGAAUGGGGUGAUUUGGUCUUACAUUAUUGGCCCAUAUUGUUGAUAGUGCUGUUGGUAGCUAUAUUGGUGGCAUCCAUGCCAAUUAUAGGUUUAUGCUUUUGUUGCUGCCGUUGUGCUGGUGCCUGUGGUGGCCGCUCUGAACCAUUUGAUAAGAAACAUGAUACCUGUCGAAGAGUGUUUCUGGGUUUCCUGCUAAUAAUACUGGCGACGGGUAUAUUAUUUGGUGUAAUUGUAGCCUUUGCCACCAACAGCUACAUGCAAUAUGGCAUAGAUGAUGGCACAGAAGCUGUUCGUGCUGGAAGCAAUGAUACACAAAAGUUUUUGACAGUAACAUCAGAACAAUUGGAAUAUGUAUUGGUUAACAACUACAAACAGCUAUCGGAUCAGUUGCAGAUUAUACUGCAGACCACCUCCGAUUUUAUUAUAUCCAAUUUGGAACAAAAAUCCAAGGCUGUCUCUGUUAGCCGUCUCAUGGAGUUCUUAAAGAAAUUGCCCAGUCUUAAGGAGAAAUUGCAACAAAUGAAAUCAAUCACCAAUGACUUGAGGGUAUAUGCUUCUCAAUUAAGUGAUGGUUUACGAGGUGUAAAACGCGAUCUGCUGGUCAUGCUUAACAAAUGCUCAGAUCAAUCAUGUAAAGAUGUAUUAAAUCGUUAUGAAAUAGGAAAACUGGAUGCUAAUGGAAUACAUUAUGAUCAGAUGGUGGAUCGUUAUUUCCCUAAGCUACCCGAUGUUACUAUUAUUAUUGACAACUUGGAUCAAUUGAUUGGUGACAACAUUGCCUCCGCUGGAGAAAGAGGAAGUAAUGCUUUGAAAGAAAUGCGCACUCAUCUUAAUACCACAAUUGCCAAUUAUACACCGCAAAUUAUUGAGGCCAUUACCAAAGCUGGUAAUGGUUUACAAAAAGUUUCCAAUGACAUUAAAACUGAAUUGGACAAGGCGUCAAGAGCCAUUGGUUCAAAUACCAAGAAAUAUACAAAUAUUGCCGAUAAUUAUUUAGCUGAAUAUGGUCCAUAUCGUUUUUACAUGGGCAUAGGAGUUUGUUCCAUAUUGUUGUUGGUUCUAGUCUGCCUAGUGGCAGCUUUAUUAUGCGGAAUUUGCGGCAAACGUCCCGAUGGCUACGGAGAUGAUUGCUGCAAUAAGGGAUCUGGUUCCAGGUUCCUUAUGUUCGCUGUUGCAAUAAUAUUCCUGACCAUAUCGGGUAUAACAAUAAUAGCUUUAGUACAUUUCCUUAUAGGAAUUGUAGCCUAUAGAGGUGUAUGUGUUCCUUUGAGGAACCCCCAAACGGAUGCCAUUUUUGCUGAAUUUGACAAUUUAUAUGAUUUAAAUGAAAUCUUAUAUCCCUCCAAAAUUAAGGGGCAAGCUGCCUCGGGCUCUCUGCCACCAUUCCAUAUUUCUCAUAUCAUUGAUGCUUGCCAGAAAAAUCAAACCAUCUACGAAGUUUUGCACAUUAACAAUAUGGUCGAUAUUAAUGCCAUUAAGGAUUAUCCAACCGAAUAUCAGAUCAAUAAGACCCUAAGUGAUUUGGUCAAUGGCAUUGACUUUAACGAUAGCAAUGUCGAUAUACUCUCUCCCGCCGAUAAACAACGCAUUUUGGAAUUGGGAAAGUCUGCACUGAAAGACUUUGAUUCCGGCCAAUUCGUCGACAACUUAAACGAUACCAUAACGAAACACUCCCUCAAGGAUAUUGCCCAACAAUUGAGGGCCACUGCCAAUAAGAUAACAAGUUCAGACAUGAAAGAUGUUCAAGUGUCAUUGCGUAAUCAGGCCUUACACCUGGAGACGUAUGAACAGAAUCUUGUGAUACCCAUGAAAACUCAUUCGGCCGAACUUAUUAAAUUAGCCCAAGAACUGGAUCGCACCUUAGUUUACAAAGACCAAAAAUUCCAACAAUCCAUACCCUUGCUGGUGAAUGAAAUCGAACAGGCUCAAACCUUUAUACGUAAGGAUGGCAGGACAUUUGUAAAGGAUUCAGCGGAGAAGUUCACCAGCCAUUUUGCUGGUGAAAUCGAUCGUUACUUGAAGAUGGUGGUGAAUGCGGUGGAAACGAAAAUUGGCAUUUGUUAUCCCAUGGCCAAUGUGUAUGAGGCGGGUAUUGUGGCUUCGUGCAACAGUAUCAUAGAUCCAUUGAAUGGUUUCUGGGCUGGAGUAUUCUGGUGUGUGCUGCUCUUCCUGCCCACCCUAAUUGUGGCCGUCAAAUUGUCCAGUUUAUAUCAAAAAUCCGACCCCUAUCCCGGCCCCUUGGUUGAAUCGGAGUAUUUGUAUGAUGCAUACAGUGAACGUGAUCACAUUCCAUUGUCAAAUGGUCCCAAGAAUAAACGACGCAAAAAUAAAGAUCGUAGACGACGCGAUUAUUAUGAAGAUCCCGUAGUCUCCACAUCACAUGGAAUCUCACCGGCAGCAGCUGGUGUGCGUGAUACACGUUACAGUGACAUGGCGCCCAAACACUGGGAUGGAGGACCACCCCGAUACCAAAACCCACCAAUGGCACCACCAGCAUCUGAAUACGAACGCCCACCACCAUAUUACUAUCCGGGCGCCUCGGAUCAGGACUAAGUGAUCUAUAUUGAAAUUCAGUUUUAAGCUGAUGCAUUCUCAUGAGACAACAUUAACGAGAGAAGCAAAAGAUGGCAAUAGUGAUGAUGAUGAUGAUUAUGUUGAUGAUGAUGAUGGAUGAUGACAACGAUGCAAGGAAGGAAAAAUGUAGUCAAAUUUUGUUCCUUCAUGUUAAUGAGAAUCAAAAAAGAAAGAAACUCUUAGGAAACUCCAAAAGAAGACGACGAUUAACAACAGUAACCAGCAGCCAACAGCAGCAGCAGCAUUCAUCAAAACAAGUCCUUUUACAAUAUACAUACAUGCAUACAUACAUAUAUUAUCUAGUAUUAUACGAAUCAUUUGUUUAGUUUUUUUUUUAAUAAUUUUUUUGAAUUUGUCUGUUAAACUUUGUUCAUAAUCUUCUGAAUUUUGCAGAAUUAGUCGGCAGAGGAUUAUGAUGAUAAUGACGUUAGGAUGAUAUAGUUAGGCUUUAUAGCAGCUCUAUUAUAAACAUGCAAACAUACAAACAAACAUACAUACAUACACAUACAUGCAUAUAUUUCCAUUUUUUGAAUCGAUUAUGUACGUAUAAAUGACAAAAAUAUUGUAAACGUAUGUUGAUUGGCCUAGCCACCUCUCCACCAGUCAUAGAGAGAGAGAGAGAGUGAGAGAGGAUGAGUGUGUUAGUAAAAGUGCAGUGUGUUACAGAACGACCAUAGAGUUUUUUCACAUAAAUUUGAGAGAUUCCUCCAGAACGACAAAGAGAGUCGUCUCUGUGUUCUUAGAAGUAAUAAGACAUAGACACCUAUUACCACACCACCACUACUACGACGACUACGACUAUUGUAGCCAAUGACAUUUGCCGAAUGUUAUGCAAUUACACAUACUACACAAUACCUACAUAUACAUACAUAUAUGAGUUAGUGUUUGUUUAUUGUGAAGACAACAGCUUUAAAAUUGAAAUUUCAAUUCUCAAUUAAAUUUUAGUACCAACUACUUUUAGAUAGACCCAAAAUGUUUUCAGAUAUACCUAUGCUCCCCACCCCCACCCCCUACUCCUACUUCUCCUUAAGAAAUACAAAACAAACAAAAAACUAAAAACAAAAACAAAAAACAAUUCUCAGCUGCAAUCCUCAAGGCGUUUUUAUUCCCUUUGUUUAUUUGGUCUGCAGCUGUAGAAGAACUCCAAACUCUAAUUCUAAUUAUACAACAUUAUUUUUAUGAUUAUUACUAUUACUAUUAUUAUCUUUAAUUAAUUAAUUAUUAUUAAUCAGUGAGACUGUAAAACUUUUUUUAUGAGUUAGAAUUUCUUUUUUUUUUUUUAAACAAAACAAAAACGACAAAACCACAAAAACAAAAUGAUGAGGAAAAAAAAACAAAGAAAAUGUUUUAAAAUAGAGAGAAAGCGAGAGAAAAAAUUGAAGAAAAUACCAAAACGAUAAUGAAGAUAAUAUGCAUUUAAUUAUUUAUGAAAUUGUUAAACGAAUCAAAAAACAAAACAAAAAAUUUAAAACCAAUCAACAAAUAAGAAAAUAAAAAUACAAAACAGAAA